CAGUCUGCUUUCAAAUAUAAGGCCGACAGAUAUACCGUCUCAGGGAACCAUAUCAAUCGUGAAGAUGCUGAGCCCAAACCCAGCGUAGACAUGCUCAAUGUAGAAAGAAGAGUACCUCUAAAGUACAAGUACAAGUACAACCCUCGCCUCCGAAGUCCCCGAAAUCUCCUGAACCUCCCCUACUCCAACAACCAGCACACCACACCACCUGAUCCACAAACCCCCAAAGAAAAAAAAAAAGAAGAAGAAAAGGAAAAGACGGCGAUAGAGUGGGUUCGUGGGUUUGAUCUGCCAUGCAUUCGGGGACCAGCAAUCAAACUCGGGGGUGGGGAGGGGAUCUCACCUUUCUUUCCACCCAGAAAUCCCCCUACCGUAAGUCAAGUUAACUUUACCCGCCGCUGCAUGGCCAUGGAAAUGGUCCCCGAACCCUACUUCUCUGUGGUUGAUCAUAGGACUCAAGCCCGCGGGUCGAAUCUCCGCAUAGCAUGGCAUGGCAAUCCAAGAAAAGCCGGAUGGGCCGGAAAGGGGUUCCUUUCCUCUGGUCUGUUUUUUUUUUCUUCUUCGGUUGGCUGGAUUUGAAGUCGGUGGUCGCCGACCGACCGGCUGUAUGGCCUUUGCGCUGUCCUUGACACUGCGCGUAUAUAGAUACGAGAAUUCUUGGGCCGAGAGGUGAGAGUCGCAUUGUUCCCGGGACGAACAUGAAAGAAGAGGCGGAUCAACAACUUAAUUAAUAACAGGACACGGCGGACCGUACAGUUGAUAAUUGUGAUCGGGGG